GCGGAAUGGGUAUUCGGUGGCCGGAUUCUGAUUCUAGGGCAUUUUCCAAUCAAGGAGAUAAAUCAAGUACAAGGCGACUUAAAAUUCUUAUCCCUUUCUCAGUUUUGUAGUCUCCGACCAUUGUGGAUAACGAGAGCCCGACCACCACCACCACAAAACCAGUACUACCUAUAAUUUUCCGACGGACGGCGGUAACGCUAUCUGCUAAUUCAAGGCUGCCCUUAUAUAUACAGAAAAUCUACAUAUCUAAUUCUUCUUCUGUAGUUUAAUUUUGGAACUGGUACUCCCUUUCUCACGUUUCCCGGCAGCUUUGGCGGUGAUUAUUUUGGGGGCUGGAACUCGUGAAUGAAUGAGAGCAAAGCUCUUCGCAUCAAUUGCCCUGUUCUUUAAUUAAAAUUAAAAAGCCCUCUUCCUCUCCCCUCCCUCAUUUCUUUUUCUUCAUCGCAAUCACCAGACAUACCAUCAUCAUAAUCAUUUCUAUCUUCUUUGAACCGUUCUGUUUUGGACUUGUUACCAAAUUCAUUUCCUAUUCUCAUCUCAAAAAACCCUUUCGGAAAAUUGCCCUCCUCUAUUAGUUUUGCGUGUUUAAUAUUCUUAUCCUUUUCUAACUACUUGUUCUUUGUAUUCUGUUAUUUGUUUUCAUUACUUUUAGCGUGUAGGUUUUUAUCCCGUAUUUUUCAUGUAAAUUUCUGUUAUUAGCCACUAAAUUUAUCCCGUAUUCUUCAAUCCAAAACACCCAUUCGAAGAUUGUUCUCCUUUAUCAAUUUUGCAAUUAAAAUUACUUUUUGUUCUUUCGUGAAUUCUGGCUGCUGGUUUUUUUUCCCUGCUUCGGCCUUAUGGCUUCAAUUGAGGCUUUAUUUGAGAUAUGGCGAAGAGCGUCAAUUGGAAGAGUCCUUACAGACAUGGUGGUGUUGCUGGGACCCGUGGGGAUUGCAUUUCUUGUAGGGGUAGUUAUUGGAUGGAAAUGGAAGCCCAAAUGGGCAAGCGUAGGGAGAGACAAACUGGGUUGUGUUUUGGUGUCAAAAACUCCUUAUUCGCCAUCUAGUUUGAUUGCCUCCCCAUCGAAAAAGGGCUUCGGUUCGAUGUUUCGCUUGAAUUCAUUGAAGAUGCAGCCAGCAAGUUGCGGCUCUUGGGUGCUGGACAAUGAGGUACCACUGUCUCUGCCGCCACCUGAGAAUGCCAAUUGCAGCAUGUCGAAAUUGGAGGAAUCCUUCGUUGUGCCACAGACAGAUUUUGAACAUUUAUACCAUCUGGUUGAGUUGAAAGAUGGAGGCCCCACUUGGAUUCAAAUGAUGGAUCGGUCAACCCCAAAUAUGAGCUACCAAGCAUGGCGGAGAGAUCCUGAGAAUGGUCCUCCUCAAUAUCGUAGUCGAACCGUAUUUGAACAUGCCACACCUGAGCUGGUGAGGGACUUCUUUUGGGAUGAUGAGUUUCGUUCUAGGUGGGAUGACAUGCUUAUAUAUUCUGAAACAAUAGAAGAGUGUCCCACCACAGGAUCAAUGGUUGUCCACUGGAUACGUAAGUUUCCCUUUUUUUGUAGCGACAGAGAAUACAUAAUUGGUCGUCGAAUAUGGGAAUUAGGAAAUUCGUACUACUGUGUGACAAAGGGAGUACCGAGCCUCUCUGUCCCAAGGCGCAAGAACCCAAGACGUGUUGAUCUGUACUAUUCAAGUUGGUGCAUUCGAGCAGUGGAAUCAAAAAGAGGCAAUGGCCAAUGGACAGCAUGUGAAGUGCUUCUCUUUCAUCAUGAAGAAAUGGGCAUCCCCCGGGAAAUAGCGAAGCUUGGCGUGCGGCAGGGUAUGUGGGGAGCUGUGAAGAAAAUUGAACCCGGAUUACGUGCCUACCAGAAUGCAAGAGCAUCUGGUGCAACUCUCUCUCAGUCAGCAUCUCUUGCUCAGAUUAACACCAAAGUAAAUCCAGAGUGCCUCGUAUCCUUGGGAAGUGCGAAUGACUUCCGAGCGACCGAAAUAGUCACUCAACCCGAAAAUCCUCUUGGUAGUAAUAUACCAAAGUUCAUAGUUGUUGGUGGGGCAGUCCUGCUUGCUUGUAGUCUCGAUCAUGGCCUCUUGACCAAGGCAGUUAUAUUCGGCGUUGCCAGGAGGUUUGCAAAGAUAGGAAGAAGAUUGUAACUCGGAUGGGUGGGAGCUGAAUUGAAUAGAAAGGUAUUUUUCACAGAGUUUUAUGCUGUGGAACUGCUUUUGUAUUCUAGUUUUCUAGCCUCCCAUGCAAUUGGAGCAGCUCUAUUAUGAGCUCGUGUCGAUGACAUCUAUAUAUCCACAAAGAUUAAUACUUAAUACUUCUUGUUCUGUUUAAUGAUGUGAAGUGAGUCCAAUAAGAUUCAAGAGGAUAGAAGCAA